AUGGCCUCUCCUCGAGUCAUUGAUAUUCGUUCCUCUCAUUUUGAAGACUUGCUUACCGACCAGGUAUUGAGUGGCUUCAGCAAUGACCCAAAAACUCUCCCUGCUCAACUCUUCUAUACGAACGAAGGACUGGAGCACUGGAAUCACCAUUCUCGCCAGCCUGAUUUCUAUCCCCGGCAACAAGAAAUUAAAAUUUUAAAGCAGAGAGGAGAUGACAUGGCAAGGUCUAUUGCAGAAAAUAGUGUCAUCUUGGAUCUCGGUAGCGCAAACCUCGAAAAGGUGACGUACCUUCUCGAAGCGCUGGAAGCUCAAGAGAAAAACGUGGCCUAUUUCGCGCUCGAUCUCAGCGCAUCGCAGCUGGCCUCCACGCUCGACUCUAUUCCCACCGACAAAUUCCGCCAUGUCCGCUUCACUGGACUGCAUGGUACAUUCGAAGAUGGGCUGCGUUGGAUCAAUGAGACGCCCGAAAUUUGCGACUUGCCACACUGCGUGCUGCUGCUCGGGCUCACGAUUGGUAAUUUCUCACGGCAAAAUGCCGCAGCGUUCUUGCACAACAUUGCCAAGAAUGCUUUGCAGGGCAAAUCAAGAGCGCAAAGCUCCAUCGUCAUGAGCCUGGACAGCUGCAAGGUGCCAACCCAGGUUUUGAGGGCUUACACAAGCGACGGGGUCGUACCGUUUGCAUUGCAGGCUCUCACCUACGCGAACACGCUUUUCCAGGGAAAGACAAAGAAUGGAGUCAACGGCCGACAGUCGUCUUGCAACCUGGACCCAGAGGACUGGUACUACCUCAGUCAAUGGAACUUUGCUCUGGGAAGACAUGAGGCUUCACUGAUUCCACGAUCAAAAGACAUUAACCUGGGACCCUUGCUGAAUGACAUAGUUGUCAGGAAGGACGAGCAAGUUCGUUUCGGAUGUAGCUACAAGUACGAUGCUUUGGAGCGUACAGAGUUGUUCACGGCGGCUGGACUGAAAGAUGAGACGGCUUGGACAGGAGAGAAGUGUGAUGUUGCAAUUUAUGACUUGAAACUAAGCUAA